AUGGCAGAUGUCAUGGUCGAUCACCCAGAACUCUCUGAGCUGACGGGCUCGCCCUCGCCUGGUCAAAAGCGGAAGCGCGAUGACAUGUCAGAGUCCAACAGCCCUGGUCGAGCCAAGCGAGCUAGCGCUGGACUCUCGGACGCCGAUACUGCAGCCUUCAUUGAGAACGCUGUGGAAGCUGCUCAUGCCGCCGCUGCUAAUGGCGUCAACGUGGCCGACUUCAGCGCUCUCCAGCAAGCUGCCGCCGCCGAGCACUCGGAGGCGGCUGAUCCAGCCAACGCCUCUAGCACCGCCGCCGCUGCCCUUGGAUCCAUGUAUCCUACUCUUCAUGUCCCAUCAACCACAGAGGAGCAGUUCGCCGCCCAGACGAGUAAUGAGCCGAGCCAUGGCCAAGACCAUACCUUUGGUCACCCCGAUCUGAGCCCGCCGGAUGGACUGCCUGCCCUCCCUCCUGUACCUCAGCCCACGAAUGGUGUCCAGGCUGUCCAGCAGCAGCAGGCUCAUCAAACCCACCAAGCUCUUCAGCAACAUCAGCAGCAUCAGCAGCACCAGCCCCCGCAGCCCCAGCAUCGUUAUUCAUCUGGAUCGGUGGGUACCCCCGCUAAGAAACCAGAUGUUGGCUCUGAGGAAUGGCACAAGAUGCGCAAGGAUAACCAUAAAGAGGUGGAGCGACGUCGUCGGGAGACCAUCAACGAAGGCAUCAAUGAGUUGGCCAAGAUUGUUCCUAACUGCGAGAAGAACAAAGGAUCAAUCCUUCAGCGCGCCGUCACGUUCAUCAACCAACUCAAGGAGAACGAAACGCAAAACAUUGAGAAGUGGACCCUUGAGAAGCUGCUUACGGAGCAAGCCAUAGCAGAGCUCAGUGCUUCCAACGACAAGCUCAAGCAAGAAUGCGAACGUCUCUAUAAGGAAUUAGAGACUUGGAAGCGCGUUGCCCAGAACGCGGGUCUUUCGUAUCCUCAGGCGAACAAGGAGGAACCGGCCUCGGCGGCUUAG